CACUUGCACGUCACUUGUCAUAUGGCAAAUUUCAAAACAAAAAACAAAACUCAAAAGUGCCAAAGCCAAUUUUCAACAUUGCGGACCUACAGGCUAAAAUUAGGAUGUGUUUUAUUUGCCUUUUUACUGUGAUAUAAGAUAUUUGUAGUUGCGGAUGUAGACGCAUCUCCUCUAUAAAUAAUGUAAACGAAUGUUGAAUGGGUAUUUUUAGAUUCGCAGGUAGAACAGAGAACUAGUUAUGACUGGAGCCAAUAUUUAAAGCUUACUUGCGUAGCUGAUCGCUAGUAAUUUUACAUUCCAAGCAUCUGGGAAUACGUAGCAGACUUACUGAAUUAUAUCAUAGGAGUUUCAGCCCCUAACCUAUAAGUUAAAUAUUGUUAUACCUCAGAAGAAAGCAAUAUAAUAAUAUGAAAAAUAAGUUUAAGAUAUUAGGUGAUACAGCGGUAAAAGCCGGUGAUCUUAUUUUAACGGAGGAACCUUUCGCUUUUGUGCUAUCUUCAAAAGAAAAGGGGAAUAGAUGUGAUAAUUGUCUAAAACAAUGCAAAGUGCUCAAGUGUUCUGUUUGCCAAUUUGUUCAUUAUUGUGGUAAAAACUGCCAGAGAGAUGCAUGGAAUGAUCACAAGUGGGAAUGCGCAAACUUGAAGAGGGUAUAUCCGAAAGUUGUUCCGGACGCAGCUCGUAUGCUGGCGAAGAUCAUAAACCGCAUACAGCGUAGCAAUGGCGCAACUACCAAAGCAUUUUAUAACGCCACUUCUUUCAGGAUGUGGAAGGAUCUCAUGUCUCAUUAUACAGAUUUGAAGACUGAUAAAAAGAGAAUGGAUCACUUCUCGUCAUUGUGUGUGGUGCUUUUUGAAUUCCUGAAAGAUAUAUCGAUGCCAAACACUGUUGAGCUUAUGGGAUUGUAUGGAAGAAUGGUUAUAAACAGUUUCACAAUACUGGAUAUAGAUAUGAACUCUAUCGGAACCGGAAUAUAUUUGGCUUCAUCGAUUAUAGAUCACAGCUGCAACCCGAAUGCCGUGGCGACGUUCAACGGCAAGACUAUCAAUGUUAGAGUUAUUAAAGACAUGCCUUGUUUGGACUGGAAGCAGAUCAGAAUAUCCUACGUAGAUAUGAUGAAGACACCCAUAGAGCGGCAGACGGAGUUGCAGCAAAACUACUACUUUCUUUGCACGUGUGACAGGUGCAUGGAUGAGGAACAUCUUAAAUACGUGCACGCGGCAAAAUGUCUCAACGCCAAAUGCAGUAACCCUGUAAACGUUUCUUGGAAAGAGAACCUGGUGUUAGUAAAGAAACCGGAGAAAAGGAUGGAAAAAACAGAAGAAAAUGGAAAAUUAGAAGACAAAGCUACCACUAAAACCGGGGAAAAUAAAAACGAAAAGAAUAAUGAAAAUACAUCAGUAAAGAAAACGGAAAGAGCAAAUGAAAUAGCAAUAAAAAAUGCAGAUAAAUUAGAAACAAGAAACGAGACAGCAAUAGAAAACGGAGUUAGUGAAGAGAAUAUAACUAACGGUAUUGAAGAAACUAACAUAAAUGGUGACAAUAGCAUAUGCUGUGAGGAAUGCGGUACGAAGUAUAAUGAAGAAAAAGUUGAAGUGUUCAUUAAGACGAUGGAAUUCAGUGAAUUACAUUUGCAUAAUAUGAAGGAAACUUCUGUGGCCUAUGUGGAUAUUUGCAAAUACUGCCUUGAGCGACAAGAAGGUGUACUACAUCCAUUAAAUGUCAUGUAUGCACAGACUCUGGACAACGCUUUUGAUGCUCUCAUACAAGUGCAGCUUUGGGAGACAGCCUGUGGCUACGCUGAAAAACUUAUACCAUGUUUUAGAUUUUAUUAUGGCGAUGUACAUCCUCUAAUGGGUUUGCUACAUUUGAAGUAUGGAAAGAUUUUGUUGUAUAAAAUGUGUUUACAAGAGGCGUUAAAUAACUUCAAACAAGCAGAGAAGAUAUUGAAAAUCACACAUGGCGAAAGACAUCCUUUAUACAGGGAACAUUUACUGCCAUUGAUGAGUCAGACGAUUUUAGAAUCAGAAUAACAUUUUAAAUUGGAGACUUGAUUCUGCUUCAUCAUUGUCAUAAUUCUGUACAAAUUUAGAAUUUUUGUGAAUACACAAGUGAGAAUUUUUGAGCUCUUCUUGCAACCAAUCACAUGUAGGAUCCAAGCUGACAUACCACCACAAAUAUAGGUUCAACACCCAUUUGGCCUUUUGUUCUAAUCAAUAGUGUCCAUGGUUUUACUUGCAGUAGCAUAUACCAAAUUAUCUGACUCUGUAUUUUAAAAUAAUUAACAGCAUUUUAUAUAAAUAGAAAGACCAGUUUUUUAAGAGUGUUAACAUCAUAUUUCUACCUGUCAAUUAUUCUGUCAUCAUCAAGCAAUAAGGCUGUGUAUGCAAUAAUGUAUUGAUUUAAGUUAAGAUGAAUAAAUUUGUUAAUUAAAAUAA